AUGGGAGUGGUCGGCAUGCCAGAUGCCACGACGGCCAUCACGAUCGUGGCUAUGGGCACGUCCUUGCCGGACACCUUUGCUUCAAUGGCGUCUGCCUCCAAGGACGACACUGCCGACUCUUCCAUUGUCAAUGUGACAGGCAGCAACUCUGUGAACGUCUACCUUGGCAUUGGCAUUCCUUGGUUGGCUGCAGCGCUCUACUGGACCAAUGGGCCUGUGGAUGCCUGGAGGUUGCGGUAUGCG